AAUUACUGGUUCCUCUGCAAUCAGAUCUCGUAACGGACCGAGAAAUAUAUGCAUGCAUGCCCUGGCAAGGCCCCUUGUUAGUUGUUGUUAAUCCCUCCCUCACUCCCCAAAAGCGUAUGAGAGAGCAUAUGCAUAAAUAAAGCAGCAAGCAAGCGAGGAGGAAAUAGCUAGGAAUAGGCUCACAAGAGAGUUGAAGCAUAAUAGUACUAUCAUUCAUUGAAACAUAUAUACCUCUCAACUAGUCGGUCCCAGCACCAACGAAGAAUAAAAAUCGAAGCAAAUCUAAAGGGAAGGCACACCACACAUCGAGCUAGCUUAGAGCUUCACAAUGGUGGAACCAGGCAGAUCGGCAGCUGCAAGGGAGAGCAAGAAGCAGACAACCUCCACCGCCGCUGCCAUGAAGAAGAGACUCACCAAGAGGCCGGAGAAAGACCAAGAUAAGGGGAAGGAGAAAGACCAAGAUCAGGGGAAGGAGGAGAAAGAGAGCUUCAGGAAGCAGAGCAGCUACUACACAGAGCCGGAGAGCCCGUCCUACAGGUUAGCUCUCAAGAGCCUCUUCUCCUGCAGAAACAGCCACGGCCAUUCGACGGCGCCGGACAGCAGCAGCGGCAGGAGCAAGAAGCUCGGCUGCUCCGCCUCCGCUCCGUCCAUAUGCAAGCUCAAGGACAACGACAGCAGCCACAGGGUGAUGCAGAAGCUGCCGGAUCAGCUGGACGCUGCUUCCACGGAGGCGGCGGAGGGCGAGCCCUGCAAGCGGCGCGCGUCGGUGAGCGGCAGCAGCGAGCGGUGCGUGAAGAAGCCCCUGAGCGAGGUCAAUGUGGCGGUGUCGUCCAAGCUGCAGGGCGGGAGUGGGUCGUCGUCGGUCGGUGGGUCGUUCAGGGGCAUGCAGCUGAGGAGGCUGACGGGGUGCUACGAGUGCCACAUGGUGGUGGACCCCAUCAGCGGCGUCUUUAGGGACAGCUCCUCCGUGAGAGCCGCCAUCUGCCCCUGCCCCGACUGCGGCGAGAUCUUCGUCAGGCCGGAGAGCCUCCAGCUCCACCAGUCCACCAGGCAUGCUGUGUCGGAGCUUGGCGCGGAGGACACGAGCCGGAACAUCAUCGAGAUCAUCUUCCAGUCGAGCUGGCUGAAGAAGCAGAGCCCCGUGUGCAAGAUCGACCGCAUCCUCAAGGUGCGCAACACGCCCAGGACCCUCGCCCGCUUCGAGGAGUACCGCGACGCCGUCAAGGCGAAAGCUGGCGGCGCCAAGAAGCACCCGCGCUGCACCGCCGACGGCAACGAGCUAUUGCGAUUCCACUGCGCCACCCUCGGCUGCUCCCUCGGUCUCCGCGGCGCCACGCACCUGUGCGACACCGGGUGCGCCGCCUGCGGUAUCAUCCGCGACGGCUUCAAGACGAGCGCAGACGGCAUCCGGACCAUGGCGACGAGCGGGCGCGCGCACGACGCCGUCGCCGAGGCCGCCGAGGAGAGCAGGGCGAUGCUGGUGUGCCGGGUCAUCGCGGGGCGGGUGAAGCGGGCGCAGCAGGAGGAGGAGGAGGAGGAGGAGGAGUACGACUCGGUGGCGGGGUCGGCGGGGGUGUACUCGAACCUGGAGGAGCUCCAGGUGUUGAACCCCAGUGCCAUCCUGCCCUGCUUUGUUGUCGUCUACGAGGCUUAAUCAAUCAAUCAAUCAAUGGUUGGAGCUAGAUACCCAUUACAGUAAUAUUCCUCGCUUUGUUCUACUCUAGCUAGUCAUUUCAAUUUGUUGUCGUCUAUAUGCAGUAAUCACUUGUGCUGUCCUGUCCUGUCCUGUAUGACAUUGUGUUGGAAGUGGUCUACUACUACUACGGAGUAUGUAGUAGUAUACCAUCAUCUUGUUUAUAGUAGAACACACCCAAGGUUUGCUGGCCAGACAAGUAGUGGUGUUCCUUUCAAUUUAUUGCCACCGGGAAGUUCUCCAACUCCUGAACUCUUUGCCAACUUCAUCAAUCGUGGAUCUGAUCUUGGUCAACAUCCAUCAGAACAUUCGAUAAAUAUAAAUUUGAACGACAUUUUUGGUCAUGCAAAUGUCAAUGUGAGUGGUCAAGGACCGAGUCAAACAGAGAAUUCAAAUAAGCAUACUCCAUCUGCUUCUUUCCCGGCUGGUGGUGCAGUUCCUCCCGCCUUUGCCUUCUCGGGCUCAGGUAAUGAAGGAAAUUGGGCAGACCAAGCUUGCAGUGGACAUGAAGGGGAACAUGGUGAACCAGGCUUAGGCAGGAAUGAUGGCAUCCAUAUAAACUUGGCAGGACCUGAGCAGGCUGCAGAGGCACUGAGAGCUGUGAUGCAGAUGUUUGGGCCGCAGAUGGGUCCACAUGAAGGCGCACCUGGAGGUUUCUUAUUAAUUCAGUUCAUAUAAGAGUUGUUUCUUAAAAAUAACUAUGUUUACCAUUUAUCUUAUUAU